AUGGGUCAACCAAAUCAAAGUCCGAGUCUGAGAAUGAACAAUAACUUCAACCCAAUGUUUCAUGCACAACCUGAACCACCGGUUUACGAAAAGCAAAUGGUUGAAACCGAUCAGAAAUACCCCAGCAAUGGUGGAAUGGUUAACCAACCAAGCGGAGUACCCACUAUGGGUAUACCGGCUCAGUAUAUCAAUCCCAGUGGAAUGGGUAACCAACCUUAUGUUGCACAAAUUGCCCGGCCGGUGAUUAUUAACCAACCAAGAUCAAACGGGACUUCAGGGCUUUGUGAUUGCAUGAACGAUGUCGAAUAUGCAAUCAUCACAUGCAGCUUUUCGUUCGUUACGUUCGGGCAGAUCGCAUAAGUUACCAAUGAAGGCGCAACAAGUUGUGUAAUGAGUGGAAUGCUGUAUGUAUUGAUAUGUUGUCUAUUUUGGACACCGUGUGUUUACUCAUGCACAUUCUGGGCCAAGAUCCGAAGUAAAUUCGGGUUACCAGAUGCUCCAGCUCCAAUGUGGAUAACCCAUUGUUUUUGUGAGUAUUGUGCACUUUGCCAAGAAUAUCGUGAGCUCAAGAACCGUGGCCUUGAUCCUUCCAUUGGUAAAUUGUUAACCGUCUAUGAGUUUCACUCCCAAAUAAUCUAUCAAUCAACACUCUAUUACAAGCGUAUACACAAGGAAUUAACCGGGGAGGAUUACGUCAGCGACUACGACGGAGAUGACAAUCUUUCAACCUCUUAUUCCUCCGAUGAAGACAAAGGCUCGUAG